ACGAAGCUGGAGCAACAGAACCGGCACAUUUGCAUGUUUAUUGACAAUUUCUCCGACCUUGAUGAAGCUGGUGAACAGGAUAUUUAUAAACUUAAUAUUCUUGAAGGCAUGACGACCGCGAAGCAAGCAUGGUAUGCUAUCACACCUGAAACCAUGGAACACUGUUGGGAUCACACCAAAAUUCAACUUGAUUCAACUGCUAGCGCUGACCCACAACCUCACACUGAUCCAGUCGUGUGGAAAACUCUCCAGAAGUUCGCAACCAUGGAGAUGUCCCUUCCCAAUGCGGAAAGUGACCUACAGGCCCAUCUUGGCAAUUGCUUUGUUGAUUCUGACUGGAGACCGGCACUGAAAGCUGUCAUGGAUGCUGAAGGAGACAUGGAUAUUGCUCUGAAUGCCCUCAAUACACUUGCACAAGCUGCAUCUCAUCACACCACCCUCAAAAUUUGGAUUCCCGCACAUCCACAAAAAGCUGAUCAGCUUUCUUCUGCUGAAGCUGAGCUCAUGCAAUCAGUCAACAAUCUCAAAGCACACAACCGUAUUUUUGGUACACUGCCAACCAUUAAUGAACUUCUGGACCCUGCCAAGGAGAGAGAGAUGGGGGAAUUGCCUGCAUUCAAAGGUGGCGACAAAUCUAUU